AUGGUCGCCUUCCAAUGCUUCGUUGAAGCAUUGAUCACCAUCACGACGGAUUUGGGGGAUACAUUCCUUGCGGAAGACACUGAACUUCUUUCCCUAUUGCAGUUUACCAAAAACAACGAGUUAACAACCUCAUUCGACGAGAUAUUCAAGUGGAAAGCUGGAGAUCGAGAGCUGAAGAUAGCUCUCGGGCCGUGUCCGAUCUCCGAUGUGAAUCAAGCUGCUAGACUCAGUGUGAGGAACGCCAAUGCUGGUCUGGUCGACCGCUUGGAGCCGUCUAAGGCGCCCAGCAUCGUUACUGCUUGCAGUGCUGACUUUGGGGGGAGUUAUGGCCCACAGGCUGAAAAGCUGGUUGAACGAUGUUUUAAGCUCGAAAUUGGACCAGAGUUGAGAGCUUGGGAAGAGACUGGUAAUAGUAUCGCCCGACAUAUAUGGGACGCUGCGCUGGGAUGUGUGAUGGAACUUCAGAGCGCAUAUAUGCGCCUAGGAGGAUCAAUUCCUACACUUCAAAAACUAUUCUAUGAGCGAAAAAACACGCCACUUCGCGUCAUCGAGCUAGGCGCAGGGUGCGGGAUUGUCGGACUCGCAAUCGCUCAGAUAGUACCUCAGUGCUCGGUGCUGCUUACAGACCUCGAAGAGGUCCGGGAUAUCAUCAGCCGCAAUUUGAAACAUGCCACUUUUGCCAGAUUCUCCACCGCUCGAUUCCAUGUCCUUGACUGGGAUGAAUCUAUGCCAGACGAAAUUGCUGAGCAUGGUUAUGAUCUGAUUGUUGUUUCGGAUUGUACUUAUAAUGCGGACAGCCUCCCAGCCCUGAUCCAAAUGCUUACAGCACUGGUCCAAAUUUCUCCUGGUGCGAUUGUGCUGGUGGCUUUGAAAAAACGGCACAAUAGCGAGGAGGUGUUCUUUGACCUGAUGAAGAACACAGGGAUAUAA